AUGUCUCCUCCUGUGCCGGUGCUCCGCCUCAGUGUAUUCCUCAUCGUCUUCUUUAAAACCUCCGCCGCUCAGGCCGCGGAUCCUAGCAGCAGCAGCAUCAGCUGUGGAGGACACGAACGCUGCGGUGAUCUCCUACUGCCGUUCCCGUUCCACCUCAACUCCACCUGCAUCACCGGCACCAACUCCUCGCACUUCCGCCUCUCCUGCGACCCCAACGCCACGCUCACCCUGCCACUCGGCUCGGCCUCCUUCCGCGUCCUCGACUUCCUCCCGUCAGGAUCGCUCCUCCUCGACUACGCUCCCGCGUCGCCGUCCCCGUGUGACCUCGUCUACGCCGCAUUCUCCCGGCCGAACGCCCCGGCGGCCGCUCUCGAUGCCGCGCCCUUCCUCGCCGUCACGCCGGCCAAUGUUCUCCGCCUCUACGCCUGCGAGGACUCCUCCCUCUGUCGCGCCGGCUGUGAAGACGUUGCCACCUGCGGCCGCGCAGCGGGCGGCGCUAAGUCGGGGUGCUGCUAUCCGUUGUCCGAUGGCAGCUUGUGGAAGCCCGGCGACGGGCUUGGCGUUUUCGCGGAGUUCGGAUGCCGGGGGUUCUCGAGCUGGGUCAAGAACCGGUCGGCCGUGGCAGGAGCGGCGCCAGGUGCUGUCAGGGGGAUCGAGGUGGAGUGGGCCGUGCCUAAGGGCAGCGAAAUGGCGAAAUGCGCGGACGGUGCGGCCCUUGUCAAUGCCACGGCAGUGCGCGGCGGCGUGCGCUGCGUGUGCGCCGCCGGCCUCGUCGGGGACGGCUUUGCACAAGGGACCGGCUGCUCAAAAGGCACAUCCUGCAGUGACGGUGGUCAAGCAAGUGAUGGCAGGGAGUGUUGCCAGGGAAGGUUUUGCUCCAACAAGUCAGUUGCUCUUGCCGGGUUUUUCGUUUCGCUCUUCUUCCUCGCGGCGGCCGUCUCGUUUUGGUUGUUCCUCAGGCAGCCUUCCAAGGACACCCUCUGGGACGUCGACCCGGCGUGCAUCCCCAAGAUCCUCGGGAGCGUGUGCAACGCGAGGCAAUUCACGUACGAGCAGCUGGACGAGGCGACCAAGAGGUUCGACGGCGAGAAGGCCGUCAGCGUGGUGGACGGCACGGUCCACGCCGGCGUGCUCGACGACGGCACCGUGGUCGCGGUGCAGAGGAUCGGGUACGAGACGCGGGAGAAGCUCCGGCUGGUCCUGGACAGGGUAGAGCUCCUCUCGGAGGUAUCUCACCGGAACAUCGCCCGCGUCGUCGGUUUCUGCCCGGACUCCAGCAACGCGCUGCUCCUCGUGCACGAGCACUUCGCCGGCGGCACGCUGGAGGACCACCUACGCCAGGUGAGGGGCCGUGUCCUCAGCUGGUAUCACCGGGUCAACAUCGCCAUCGAGCUCGCCGGCGCGCUCACGUACCUGCAGGCGCACGAGGCGGCCCCCACGUUCCUCCACGACCUCAAGUCCAGCGAGAUCUUCUUGGACGACAGCUUCACCGCCAAGAUCGCCGGCCACAAGCUCGCGAGGCCGGUCGCCUACUACUGCGCGUCGUACGACCAGGACGUCGUGUGCAACUUCGGCCACCUCCUGAUCGAGCUGCUGACGGGGCUGAGGCACCAGCACCCGUUCGACUCGGUCGCACCCAAGGUGAGGGAAGGGAGGCUCCACGAGGUCAUCGACCCGACGCUCCUGACGGGGAAGCAGCUGCCGGCGCCGAACGAGGAGGUGAGGAAGGUGUUCGAGCUCGCCGUCAUGUGCUUGCUGAGCGCCGAGAACGGGCUCUGCAUGCUCGGCGUCGCAAAGGAGCUGAUGCAGAUCGUGAGGAACAACAUCGGGAGCAGCAGCAAGAUUGAGAUCUCCCUCGAGGGGACGUUCUCGAGCUCGAGUCUGCUGCAGAUGAUCUCCAUGUCACCGGAGACGAUGCAUCACCAUCUUCCUAGUUGA